AUGAACUCGGGAAGUUAUCCAUUUCCGUCGAUUUCCGCCAUCAAGGAACUCCGUGGUCUUGAUACCCCAUCAACGCCACCUUUUGCAUCGCCAGUGGUGACUCUUUCUGACAAUUUACUUGCCUCAAAGAGAACCCUCUCCAACGUGGAGCAAAGUUAUUUCGACAGCGUUUCCACGUCACGCACUCAGCCUACUAGUGUGGCCUCGUCAGUGCUGUCUGGGAUGCUCAGUACUAUGGAAACUUCACAUCAACGCAUCAAAUCCAUUUCUGAACUCACCACGUUGGAUGAACUUUUGGAUUACUCCUCGUUUCUUCACCAGCAGCGUGAUACGGUGGUGCAUGCAUUCGAGGUAGCACACAAGAGGCUUCAGGAAUCAGGAUGGUGUUCGACUCAUGAUCUUCAGAAUUUGCAACUUCAACAAGACACCUCGCUAUGCCAGCUUGACACGAAACUUUUGCAGGUUGAAGAAAAGUUGAACGCCGAGUUUGAUACUUCCAUCUUCAACAAUAAACCACAACAAGAAAAGAAAGGAAAAGAAAAGGAACUUCCAAGAAGUCCCAGUUUAAAAGUCUUGGAAAGCAGAUGCUUUUCAUUUGCUGAUUUAUGA